AUGCUGUUCAGGCCGUUCCCAAGUCUCCUCGCCCCUGCCCGAGCUCGUCGUGGGUUCCACUCCAUCCUGAACUCCCUUGUGCCCAUGGUGCUCGAGCAAUCGCCACGGGGCGAGCGCGUAUUCGACAUCUACUCGCGCCUGCUCAAGGAGCGCAUUGUGUUCGUCCACGGGCCAAUCAAUGACGACGUGGCGUCGCUCGUGACGGCCCAGUUGCUCUUCCUCGAGGCCGAGAACCCUGAGAAGGACGUGUUUCUGUACAUCAAUAGCCCCGGUGGGAUCGUGACUUCUGGCUUGGCGAUCUACGACACGAUGCAGUACCUGCAGCCAAAGAUACGUACCCUUUGUAUGGGCCAAGCUGCUUCAAUGGGAUCGCUCUUGCUGGCUGGAGGCGCUCCGGGAUGUCGCUCGGCUCUGCCGAAUGCCCGUAUAAUGAUCCACCAGCCUUCUGGAGGGGCUCAGGGCAUGGCAAGUGACAUUGCGAUACAGGCCGAGGAGAUCAUUAAGCUGCGCACGAGGUUGAACGGGUUGUAUGCGGGGCACACUGGCAAGCCUAUUACAGAAAUUGAGCGAGCAAUGGACCGUGAUCUCUUCAUGGAUCCACAAGAGGCGCAAGCUUUCGGGAUCAUCGACUCGAUCGUUUCCAGCCGGAAACUCCCGCAGUCGAUAGGGUGA